AUACAACUUUCAAACACAUUUCCACGAGUUUAGUCAUCGAUAUACUUGUAUAAUAACAACAAGGACGUCUCAACUUUAGGAGAGCAAUUUGUCACGUGAUAGGGCGGGAUUAAUUUACUAGCGCGUGCAGUAUUGUUAGAAUAAAAGUUAAAAUGGACACACCAAUAGAUUCUCCAGAUUCGUUAUACGUUGAAGAAGGCGAGAGAAUACAGCAAGCCUAUCAAGAAGCUUUAAAACAAGGCAGUCUUUCACCUAUCAUUAAGGAGGAACUUCGUCUAUCCAUAAUGGCAAAACGACACGAAAAUUACCAAGAUGCAAUCAACACUUCUGCCACCGAAGAAAAGAAUUAUAAGUUGACUGAAGAUGAAAUACGCAAAAAGGAGCGCAGAAGAGAACAGAAUAGACAAGCAGCAGAACGAUGUCGACAAAAAAAGAAGGCGAGUUUUCAAACUAGAGAAGAGGAGAAAUCAAUCUUAAUUAGACGAAAUAAAGAGCUGAAUUCUAAGGUAGCUGAACUAAAGAAACAGAUGGCAGAACUUGGGGAAAUAUAUCAAGCACAUAUCGUCAAUGGAAAUUGUUUCAGUGAUGAAAAUAAAACAGUAGCCAAACCCCAUUGUGAAAACAGCUAUGUGUCAUGUGUUUCCAUUAAUCCAAACAUGGACAUGACAUGUACUAACUUUGAAGGGAUUUCCCCAAAUUCUCCCAACCCAAGUGAAUGCGAAACCACGAAUUGGUCAGAUGUUAGCAGUAGCGUACAUAUAGAAAACCACUAUGUUAGUACCCAGAAUAUUACACAGCCUAACCCUUACUUUGUGUGCGACGAUUUCCCUGAAAGUAACAUUCAAUAUCUAGAUACGGGCAAACACUGUGACGCAAUCCUCACUAAUAUGUACAGUUAUUUAAAUACUGACAAUACCGAGUUGAGUGUUCAUGAUGGCAAUGAGCCAGGAAUUCCCACAGUUUAUACUGGUGAUACUUCGUGUAAUAGUGACAUGUCGGUGGUUCCUCUCAAUAAUAUAGUGUACUGUGACGUCAGUAAUUCUUCAGAGACCGUUUAUACCAGCCAGUGUUCACCUGAACUCCCUUUACAAGUUAUUAGCGAUCAAGAACUGGAUCCGGAAACAUCCGUAGAUAUUCUAUCAUAUUUACACCAAUAUCUCCAAUAAUAUAGUAAUUUAACACUUUGCAUAGCCAAACAAUAUGAAUGUUUCCACUUGUGAUUUAAAUGAAAUAUCUUGCUCCCGAUAAAUGAACAGUUAAAAGAGUAAUACGAAAAGCGUAAAUGCCGAUAACAAUAAGUUUCCGAAACGAUUCAGGUAGCUGUAAUUGACAAUGUUUGUAAUAGAAUGUUAUGAAUCGAAAGCACAUGUCCAUUGUGGUCCUUUGUAUGUAAUUUCUCAUAUCAUUAUAACUUGAUCACUUACGUAUUUAGAUGUCUUAUUAUAUAAUAUACCCUAAAUCAGAUAUGAUUUACAGUUUGUUUUUGUUAUAUUUAACGAUCAUGUAUUAAUAUUAUUUGGCAUAUUCUAAUGAUAAUAAACUACAUGAGAUGAAGUGACUACUGUUUACAGGGUCUAAUCAUCAUCAAAAACCGACAAGGGCAGUGUUUUCGAAUAGCGUCUAAAGUGUUUGUGGGGGGAUUGGGUAACCGAAUGGUUUAACGCGUGCGCUUUUGAUCAUAAGGUCUGUGAGUCAGCUGACGUGGUUUCGAUUUCCAGCUCUAGCCCCAUCUCUCUCUCUCUCUCCCAAAGUAUCGCAAUAAGUGACGGACAAGUAAUAGAUUACAUGACCUACACACCAUAUCCACAAUUUAAAAGAUUUCAUAAAGAAUAACAAAAAUUAUGGACAUUGAAAAUUUGACAAAUUUUGCCCUGGUACACAAAAUGGAUGAUUCAAAUUCCUGCAAACAUUUUAUAUCACUUUGUAUUACUUUGGUUGCUUGUCGGUUCUCGUUGGUAAUUAGUAAGACCGCUGUUUACAAUAUGUAAUAUGCGAUUAACAAUCUAUGCAUUUCUAUAGUUUUAAAUGUUCUGAUCAAAUUAUGUAAACGUAUAAGAAAAAUAUAUUUAUGUUUUGUAGAUAUCAUUUCAACUAUUAAUUGUAAUUCAACAGUUAGAUGACACAAAACCGUAGAUCUAUAGAUUAGACUAAACACAUAAAGCCUUUGUAAUUGUUUAUUUGUUG